UUCGCCCUGGGCUCACGUCGCGAUCCCUGCUUGAGUGUCCCGGGGUGGGGGACCUGGAAGUUUUAGCCUAACUGUUCUGGAAGAAGAGUAAUUAGUCCAAGAAACAUAUUCAUGGUCUCCUUAUGUAGUUAACCUAGAGCUAAGUUAUGUAUACUAGUUGGCCUCAAACUUACUAUAUAUAUAGCCCAAGAUGGCCCGAACCUUGUUCAGCCUCUGGCAUGCUAGGAUUACAGGCAUGCACCAACAUACCUGUUUUGAGACAAUAGUUUUUACUCCUACUUUUCUUUUUGGGGAUAAGCAGAAAAACAGUGUUGGGGGAAUCAUAUUCAGGAUGGUGUCCUUGACAAAAGAAGGACUAGGUUUAGCUUCAUUCCUUUAUUUUUGGCUUCUUCUCAUUCCACAUGUGCUCUGGACAAUAUCACUUUGAAGGCCCUAUCUCCCAAACUAUGCUUCAUUUCCUUUCCCACUAAUAGCUACUUAUUAAGAAUGGGGAGUCUCUAUUGUGGGACAGAUACCCACUGAUGUAUUUGUGCUCUGCAAAAAGUAGGAAUAUAGUGAAUCUGCAUCAUGAUGCUAUGAGUGGUUUCCACAAGAUUCUAUUCAUGAAAAUGCAUGUGAAGUUAUGAGCUCAAAAGCUGGGCAUAGAACUGUUAUGGAGCGUUUCCUUGCUACCCCAAACUCUGAGAACAGUACUUUAUUUACAUCUCGUAAAGAGCAGAGAAAUAUUUUUUAACCUUCUAGUUUUAGAAUAAAAAUUUUACAAUUAUGCCUCUGUUGAAAAACAGGCUUCUAUGACAUCCUGCUUAAGUGAAAUAGGGAGUUAGAUGGAUGGCUAUUAUUUGCUUUCAGAAAAUCAUGAAACUACACUAAAUAUUUUUCCUAAAAUGAAAAUCCAUUUCUGAUAAGCCUCACUAGUAUAAAUAACUUUUUAAAUAAAAUGACAGAUAUUUCCUUUCCCCUUAUAACAAACUUAGUCUCAUUUUAGAAAGCCAUAUACAUCAUUAAGAAUCUUUUUUAAAAUGUAAGCAGUUGGGGAGUGGCUUUUAUCUGAAGAAUAUGGGAUGCAUGUGCCUGUUUCACUACUUUUCUGCCAGAAUCAUGUGUCCUUAGGUACACCUUUGCACAUUUUCUAUUGUUAACACACUACCGUUGAAUACUGCUUUGUAGAUGUAAAUGAGAAACUGUGUCCAGCCCCCUGUAGUUCUCAUCUCCCCACAGAACAAACUUAGAAUUCUUGAAUGCUUUGCCAUAGAAAGUUAGGAUUACCUAGGUAUUGCCUGUGUGUCACUUGAGUUCCUUUUUCAGAAAGCUUAAGAUGGCAUUUGAUAUGUUUAGGUUGUACAAAUAGAUGUGUAUGAGGCUUGGUUCUGUUUGGGUUGCUAGUCCCAGGUCACCUUGCUCACUAGUGAGUUCAUCCCAACCUCAAAAGUCACACCUGUGUCCUGUGCGCGGAUGCUGCAGGCUUAGGUGGAGAAAAGCAGGGCUAGAAUUGGAACCCAAAGCCCAGAAUGGCAAGAGAGGAUGUGGGGGCUCCACCCGAUCAUCUCUGGGUUCAUCAAGAAGGUAUCUACCGCGACGAAUAUCAACGCACAUGGGUAGCUGUGGUGGAAGAGGAGACAAGUUUCCUAAAGGCUCGAGUUCAGCAAGUUCAGGUUCCUUUAGGUGAUGCAACUCGGCCAAGUCACCUUCUUACUUCCCAACUACCUCUCAUGUGGCAGCUCUACCCAGAGGAGCGCUAUAUGGAUAACAACUCUCGCUUGUGGCAGAUUCAGCAUCAUUUAAUGGUCAGGGGAGUACAGGAACUACUGCUUAAACUUUUGCCUGAUGAUUAACCUGGUGCUGGAAUUCUAAGAAGAUAUGCUCUCUGUUCUAUUCAUUAUAUGGCAAUCACAUCAUUCACCACUGCAGUGCUCCCACCUUUGGGUCCUGGUGGGGAGGGAGUAGUUUGAAAACUGCAGAUGUUUAGGAAGGGUCAUGAAGAACACUGCCAGUGAAACUACAGAGAGAGGGUUACACAGGGCAGAAAUCAAGCCAACAAAAGCAUUUAGUCAGGAAAUGUAACUUGAAAUGACUCCUUUGGAAAUUGCCAUAGAACCUUUAAUGGACUUCAUCAGCUGAACCUGGGAUUUGGUGAAUCCCAGAAAAAUCAGCACAUGCUUCAGAACAAAUGCCCUCAUCAACAAGGACUUGGUACUGAUUUAGAGAGAAGAGAGCAGCUUCUAGCAGCAUCAACAUGUAUUUGUCACUUAUUUCCCUUGCAGCAAAUUCACCCGCCUUUCCUUCUUCCAUCCUGUAAAUACCUAAGGUUUUAUUCUAGUGUUUCCCAUCCCAGUACUGACGUAAUUUGAAUAUACUGAAAACUUGAGGAGUUCUGGGAGAAAAAGGUUAUUUGUACUGAUGAAAUUAGUUUCAAAGGCUCCUAUGCCUUUCUUCUUUCUGAAACUGUGUCUUUGAAUUGCUUUUACAAGAUUCUCAUCAAAACCCUGUGAAUCUAAAUUCUUUGAUUACAAAUAUUUUACUUAUUUGGUUUCCAUUUGAGCUCAAAAGAUAAUGUUACCUUUUAUUGGCACUUUUCUCAAGAGGUAAUAGCAACUAACAUUACUAAUUCAUGGGAAAGUGUUUGUUUUACUUGUAAAGAAUUUCCUGAAUUAAAGUAGUCAUGACAGUUUAUGUACAUUAAAGUAAAAUUUUGCUUUUUAAAAUAA